AUGGGUUGCUGUGGUUGUGGAAGUUGUGGUGGCUGCGGUGGCUGUGGUGGUGGCUGUAGUGGUGGCUGUGGUGGUGGCUGUGGCAGCUGCACCACCUGCAGGUUCUACCGGGUGGGCUGCUGCUCCAGCUGCUGCCCCUGCUGCCGUGGCUGCUGUGGAGGCUGCUGCAGCACACCCGUGAUCUGUUGCUGCCGCCGCACCUGCGGCUCGUGUGGCUGUGGCUAUGGGAAGGGCUGUUGCCAGCAGAAGGGAUGCUGUCAGCGGAAGUGCUGCUGCCAGAAGCAAUGCUGCUGCUAG